UCCCCUUACCGGCGGGGAUCAGAUCUUGACUUGAUGCGCCGCUGUGAGGAAUGUAAAGUGAGGGUUUUCAGGGAAAUGCGCAGGGGCACACCAACCCGUAAAUCGUCUUAGCUUCACUCGUUUUUAGAUCUCAUCCAGUGCUCAUUUUUCCAGUCUGCUUCCGUUUGAUAAUAUCUUUUAAUUUAUGUGCACUUCACCGGCCAUGCAGCGCGUACAGCCCUCACCGCGUGCAGCGCGUAAAAGCGAGUGGCUCCGGAGCGCCCUGGCACACCACCACUGCUCUGAUCCUGGUGUGGAGAACGAAAUCGUUGUCUUGGCCACUGGAAUAGACCAAUAUCUGCAAGAAGUCUUCCACCACCUGGCCUUCCCCAGCCGGGACGAUACUGUGUCGGCGAAAGAUUUCACUGCGCUCUGUGCCGUCCUGGGACUGAACAGAGCUGAGGUAGGAAAGAGGACUGCGAACGUAAAGGAAACAGCGGCAGCUGGAGAACGAGAAGAGGAGGAUGAAGAGUUUAAAGAUAUAUGCUCUGGGCUCCCCAGCCAGCUGUCUUUUAAAGAAUUUCACUCACGGCUCUGUGGGUAUUUCCGUGUGCGCAGUGCGCGUAGAGGUACCGGGGAGUGUGCCUUGCGUCUGCCCGUUAGCGAGGAUACAGAGCUGGUAGAGAGACAGAUACGGCUUCGGUGGCCGCGGGUUAGGCGGAGAAAGUGUGUCAGUUUUGAUCUGACAAAGGACCAGAAUGGACCCGUCAACACAUCUGUGAAAGGUCGGACCUCAGAGCACCGUGAACCAGAUGAGGUGGCAGCUCUAAGGGAGCUGGUGGAGGACCUCCGCUCAGCGCUGCAGGGGAGCGAUGCCCGCUGCCUGGCCCUGGAGGUGGCGCUCCGACAGGAGAGAAGCAGCACCCUCCCUUCUGCAUCCUGCUACAACCCUGCGAUUUCAAAGCCUAAGACUUCCAUCACAUUCAUCCAGGGAAAACUAGUUCCAACUCAAAGAAUUAAAGGACAGCUAAGCAGUGCUGCAGGAGACUCAGCAAGGAAAGUGGCAAGGAAACGAGAUAUCAGAGACCCACUUCUAAGGGAACUGAAGCUGAUCCGCUCCUCACGUGAUGGGCAGCUGGAGGAGGCCAUCAGAUUCAAUAAGCAUCUGGAGGAGGAGCUGCAGUGGGCGUACCAGGAGGUGCGCAAGUUGCAGGGGGUGGAGGCUGCACUGAGGAAGGAGAACACUCAGAUCAGGAAGCGGGCAGAGGAGGCCAGGGAGGCUCUGAGCUCGGGGCUGCAGCAGGUUCGGCUGAUCCAGGAGCAGGCCCGGUCUGUGCCCCAACUCCAGUCCAGGAUCACCCAGCUUGAGACUGAGCUGCACAGAUACAGAACCAGCUGCACGUGUGUCCCCAGCCCUGCAGGUCAACAGAACCAUCCCGAAGACACUUGCAGCAAAACAGUUGCUCUGUCCACAGAUGCUGAGUGUCUACAGAGGGCAGUGGAGGGAAGAGCUGCAUCUGAUGAAGAGGAGGAGGACAGUAGGAUGAGAGAGGAAGAACAGCGCUGCCUGAUGGAGGUGAAGAGGCACAUUGGACGAAUGCAUGGCUGUAGCAAAGGAUGUCAGGACCAUGUGGUCCAUCACCUUCUCUCUCAGAGUCAAAUGUAUGACAGAAACCUCAGCAGCACUUCUAAAGGCAACAGGGGGCACUUCUGUUGGAAAGGACCAAACCAAGAGCAGCCGCAGGGAGGCUUUAAACAAGUGAGUCCUGAGGAAGAGGAGGAAAGGACACAAGAGGAAAAUGAGAAAACACGUCUGUCUUUGUUGGAGGGCAAACUUACUGAUUCACUCGCAUUGCUGCUGCAGCUACGUAACAAGAACAUGUCCGGCAGGGGGCUGGGGAAGAUGGUGAUGGAUACUUUGGAUGUGUGCAGCAGGGGUGGAGCUGCUUUUAUUCCCCUUUCUCCGGGACCGUCCCAGAUCCUGCAGGUCGCUGAUUCUCUCUCCGUCCGCUGAUCCUCAACUGCUCAAAGAUGGAGGAGAAAGGAUGACUGAGGAGGAGGAGAGAGCAGAGAGAAACUCCUGCUUCUACCCUCAGGAUAUCAAACUAGCAGUGUCAACCUACUGCUCAUCUCCUGCUGAGAUGUGUGCUGUAUUGCAUGAUUAGCUGGUUUGCACCAUGUAAUUUUUAAAGUAUUUAAUAAUGACAUAAUUUAUGUAAUUUAGUCUGCUAGUGUUUUAUUUUGCAUCUGUUUAGGUUGAAUGAUUAUUUGUUUUUACUGGACUUUUCUUCCAUUUCUGUGAAGAUAGAAAUUCCACAGCCAUCUAAUCUGAAACACACUCAAGCUGAAUAAGCAAAGCACAUCCAAGGGACUCAUGUAUUCCCUGAAAUGUCUUCAAAGAGACCAAUUCAUCCAGCUUUCAUUUACUAGUAUAGCAGACUUCUACUAGACACAUUUGGUGGAAUAUACUGUACUUCAGUGAUUCUUGUGUAAUUAUUAUUUUACUGAGACUCAUUAAGUUGUGUUAAAAUAUAUCCAAAUGCCUUUAUUUUUUGAAAAGCUAAUGUUUUCCAGGUUUCAUUCUAAUCAGAUAACACUGAAAAUCCCCAUUAAACUGCACUGCUAUCCUUGUGUCUCUUCUAAUGUA